AUGGAUAGAAAUUAUCCUGGAGCAGGAUUCGGUGAUUUGGGCGCUGGAACGGGAUGGACAUACGAGAGAUCUGCGAAGGCAAGUUUGGUAUAUGGGAGCUCCAGAUCCUCCCAUCCAGACUCAGAGCUUCUCCAUCGCCAAGCUUAUGCCACACCACACCCUCUGCAGGGAUAUGCAACGAAUCACCACCCAGGCAGCUCUGGACAGGGAGGGGCCUGGGGAGCCACUGGGCGGAGCCUAGGGCUUUCAGGUUUAUUUGAUGCUGGGCUGCACCACGCAAGUCCUUCAGGCCCAGAUGCAUCUGUCAUGAACCUGAUUUCUGCUUUGGAGUCUAGAGGACCGCAACCUCCACCAUCCGCUUCCUCUCUCCUCUCCCAGUUCCGAACCCCCUCGUGGCAGACUGCGAUGCAUACCCCAGCCCCAGCUGAGCUCUUCAUCUCCAGUGCACUUCCAGGGUCCAGUUCCUUCCCUUCCUCCUCUGCCCUAUCAGCCUAUCAGCACCCUGCCUCCUUUUCGGGUCGCUCCUUUCCUGGAGUAACCCCUUCACUGUCUCUCCAGGACACGCCAACCUUCAGCCCCACAUCUAAUGGCUUGCUAUCACCCCAUGAUCCUUUGCUGCACAUCAAAACACCCUCCCAGUCAAGCCUGGGCUUCGACCGCCUCCUCUCAUCCCAAGGUGCAGCUGCAGCCUACAGGGGCUCACAAGAACCCACGGGUGCCCCGCCCCCUCAGGCACCCUCCACCUCCUCAACCCGUCACUUACCUCCCCAGUUUAACUUGCUUUCUUCUCAGCUCCAAGACCAGUCAUCCCAGCUAUACAAUGCCUCUGUGUUCUCAUCGACUCCUGCACCCCCACAACCACCACCACCCCAAGAGAGGGCCAUUCCAAGACAAGACAGUGUGAUUAAGCACUACCAGCGCCCCUCCCCGGCACAGUCACAGCUGCCCCCUUCCACCCCCCACUCACUACAGCACUACCUCAGCUGUGGGGCAACAGGGUACCAGCAGAUCCCUCACCACAGGCAUGGAGGUAUGAGCUGUAGCCCACUGGGUGACCAGAGUCCUUCAUCUGAUCCCAAACCGUCUCCACGAGGAGAGCAAGUGUACCGUCCUAUCAUUCAGCCCCCCUAUACCUCCUCCGCCUCCUCUUCAGCCUCCACCUCAGCUGGCUCAGGAGGAGGCUUAGGGAAAGCAGGAAAGAGUUCCAGUUCCAGCAGUGGCUAUUCUUCCUCUGGAUCUGGUUCUUCUUCAUCUCGAACCCCACACACUCCUCCCUCAGCUUCCUCUACUUCCUCUUCCUCCUCCUCCUCCUCCAACCCUAAUGCUUCCUCCAAUGCCUCUUCUGCCCCAUCAAGGCAACAACCUCCACCUCAGUCUGCACCUCCACCACCUCCACCACCUCCUCCCCCUCCCACUGUGUCAUCUACUGCUGCCCAACAGUCAACCAAAUCCUGCCUCUCCACAUACAGCUCCCCUGUUGCCCCUGUAAAGCCAGCAACAGGCAUCCCAGGCCAAACUCCUCCACAGCAGCAGCCCCAGUCCUAUUCACCCAGCCAGGCUCCUCCAACACACCUGCCCCAACCCUAUGGUGGCUUCAGCUCCCCUCAGGCCCAGGAUCUUAGCUCGGGCACGGGGGGACCAGGGAAAGGGUAUGGGAGUCUUGCAACAACAGGGCGGUCAUACUCAGCAGAGGUGGCAUAUGGCUCAGAUUCUGGAUAUGGUUCAUUGCCUUCCUCUCUUGGAGGAGCAGGAAGCCCUUCCUUGGGCUAUGGUGGUCCAGGACACUCACCUGCCCUCAUGGGAUCUGGAGGGGGUUCCUCUGGUAGUGGGGCAGGUUCAGGAGGUGGCAGUUCAGGAGGUGCAGGUGGAGGAAGUGGCAGCAUUGGAAGUGGUGGAGGAGGGUCAUAUCACCUCCCAGAUUCCAGCCCAUCACCGUCAAGCAAUUCUGGGAUAAUCCGCCCAGGGUUACAUUCCCCUGCUCCCACAAGACCAGCCCAGUCCCCAGGAGGAACAGGAGGAAACAAGUACCUCCCUUCUGUCCUCUCUCCUGCUUUCCUUGCCUCUCCACAGGGAUAUUCAGACACACGGGGUCCUCCACCACAGUCCCAGUCCUACCACCCAACGCAGUCAAAACCGAAGUCAGACACUGAUAUGCUGGGGGUAGAGAGGCCUCAAGAAGAGGAUGAAGAUGAUGAUGAUUUUUUGAUUCAGCACUUAUUACACUCUCAGAGCCCAGCACCACACCCCUCUCAACACCACCCACAACAGCCUCAACAGGUGACUCCCCAACAGCAGCAGUCUGUGUCCCAGGGUCGAGAUGGGGGGAAGAGGCUCUCAGCUUAUGAACUGAACAAGGCAUCUGAGGAACGCUACCACCUUCAGAGUGUCAUUCGCACGAAUAGUGCCACCAAUAGUGUGACUCCAGGAAAUACAGGCUCUAGUGUGACCACCGCAGGUUUAGAGAGCCAGCUGGAGAUGUCCCUCAAGAAGCAACAGCAGCAACAAGCAAAGAAUGAUAGAGUACUGGCAGGAACUGGGCCAAAUGGAGGACAUGGAGGGACUGACUCACUCUCCCAUUCUCAACCCCAUGCACCUCACCCGCACCAGCAUGACUCCUUAGGAUCAGUGGUCCACUAUGGAAGAGGAGACCCCUACUCCCACCACACACACCAACACCAGCAUCAUCCCUCUCACCCCACACACCCUCAGCAUUCCCAGCAUACACAGCACUCUCACCCCCACUCCCAUUCGCACUCCCACAUGGAGCACAAGAAGCCCCAAGAUCCAUCAGAGCUACCUUACCUGAGGAAAACCCCAGACUUGCAGAGACAGUCCCAGUCCUCCCUUUCCCUCAUGGACUCACCUCCAGACCAGCCUCCACAACCUCCACAACCUCAUCUGCUUCAGUCAGUCCUGUCCCACACAACUAGAAACAAGUUGGAUACCCAACAAGCCCCUCAACCACAGCAGCCACACCCCAUGAGCCAACAAGCCAUGAUGAGGUCAGCUGGAGGUGCAAGUACAGCUGGAGCAGGGGGGGUGGAUACCCAGCCACAGGCCUCACAACUUCAGCUCCAACUCCAGUCCCAAGCUAUGGAGAGCCAUUAUGGGCAUGGGGCUCAGCGAGACCAAAGUCAAGCCAACCAGAGUUCAGUCUCUUCUCUGGGCAUGCUUGAGAGAUCCCUUUCAAGGACCAACAGCCGGGAGGGAGCAGGACCGACAGAGAGAGGAGGGAAUGGAGAUGGAAGCAGCAGUGACCGUCACAGGCAGCACCAGCAACAGCCGCAGCAGCAUCGGUUACCACCACAUCACCAACCUCACCAUUCUCAACAAACGUCAUCCGAACUUCAUGACUUUCUGAAUGAACCUGACCUGGGCCUGUCAACCCCACCUCAUUUGCACCACAUGGCUCCACAACACACGCACGCACAUUCUCACCACCAGCCUCAGACACACCCACACCAUCCACACUCGCACCCACACCAGCAUCAGCACCACAUGCAGUCCAACUCUGCCCCCCAGAUGUCGCAAACACAGUCCAGAGAGUCAGAAACUCAGCUCUCCCAGCCCCAAAUGAACCAGCUCAAAGAGCACCAGUUUGAUGCAGGGAGUCCUGUGGGGAAAACAACUCAGAGCCAGGCCCAAGGCCAGCAACAGCAGCAGCAACAACAGAGGUUUGAGCCAUUAACUACUAUCUGUUUCCCUGAUUCUCUACUACCAGAUGAAGAUCGUUCAUUUUUCCCUGGGAUGGAGGAUAUGUUCUGCUCUGAUGACUACAAAUCCAGCUGUGCAGGGGGUGGAGGUGGACCGGCAGGGCAAGGAGGGCAGGAGAGCUUACAAGAAGGGCGUGGAACAGUACAAGAUGGAAUUGAAGCUGUCAAGGCUGGUGGAGGGGGAGGAGGUGGCUAUGACAUAAUGGGUCACCAUGGUGACCAGGGGUAUGACCAGUACUGCCAUAGCCUGUCUGAAUCUGGUAAUGGCACCAUGCACUUAGACCUAGAUUCCCUGAAAACCCACGAACUCCCAUCCACUGUCAACACUGAGCAGCUGGGUUUGAUCCAAUCUCAGACACCUGGUCUUGGAAUGGGAGGUGCAGGAACUGGUAUGGACGGUUCUGGAAACAAGAUGAUGGGUAAUUCAGGUGUAGGAGGUGGGCCUGGCACAGGUGGGCUCACGUCACCCAUCUUCUGCUCUUCUAGACCAAAAAAGCUUUUAAAAACAAGUUCUUUCCACUUGCUGAAACAACGACGAGAUCCUAAUUCCCAGCCACAAACCAAAAAGAAUUAUGCUCAAGAAUACGAAUUUGAGGAUGAUGAAGAUAAGGCAGAUGUCCCUGCUGACAUUCGACUGAAUAGUAGACGACUCCCUGAUUUGCUUCCUGAUUUGGUGUCCAGCUGUCGAAAGUCUGGUGCUGGAUCUGGGGUUGGCAGCCUGAGUCCUCUCAUGGGUGACCUAGAUUUCUGCCACCCUUCUGGGUAUCCAUCCCUUGGACCUCCACCACAGCUUUUGCCACAAGAUGGGCCCAAGAAGCGAGGCCGGAAGCCUACCAAACCUAAACGUGAGGGUCCACCCAGACCCAGAGGCCGACCACGUAUUCGCCCUCUUCCAGAACCUCCGUACUGUAGGGGCCUGAUGGGACCUGGGGGUGGGGAGACCCGAAGGGGCCGUGGUCGUGGAAGGGGACGUGGGAGGAAAGAGGAAGGAAUGCUGGACAUGCAUAGAGAUAUGAACAAAGGGCAGAAUAUGCAUCUGCAUCAUCAUCCACAACAACAACAACAGCAAGCACCUCCCCUUCAACAGCAACACUUACAGCAGCACUUACACCACCACCAACAGCAACAGCAGCAUCUCCAACCCCAACAACAGCAGCAGCAACACUUGCAUCAACAACAGCACCUACAUUCGCACCAACAUCACCAACAACAACACCAUCUUCAUUCACAGCACCAUCAACAAAUGCAAAAUCAGCAGCAACAUCAUCAACAGCAGCAGCAGCAUCAGGCACAACCACAGCAUCAGGAGCCAAUCAGGCCAAUUAAGAUCAAGCUUCCUAUUCCCUCCAUGCCUUCCUCUGACUCUCUUUUGAGGACAGACUCUCUCUCCAGCACGGACCAAGCUCUGUCUGAUGGGUCAGUUGGCUCUGCACCAUCUUUAGGAUUGAGUCCUGGACCUACUGCUGGCCUGGACCUGAACAGAACUGACAUGAAUAGAACUGAUCUGAACAGAGCUGAAAUGAAUCGGGUUCCAGAGAAAAUGAAACCGAAACCCCAGGAGCAGAUUUCAUGGGAGCGAGACAUGGACGAAGAGCUGACCCCAGAGACAUGGGCCACCAUGCAGAAACUCUCUAGCUCGACCGAGGAGAAGCCCUCAGAGCUGAAGUCUGGCUUCAUGGCAUCAUUCUUGGAUUUCCUGAAGACAGGAAAGAAGCAGCCGGUCCCUGGAGCACCUGGGACCGUGUCACUUCCUGUGGAUGAAACUGAGGCCACUGACUCCUCUUUGGUGAAAGGUGGGAUUCGGCCCUUAUCUCCACCUCCACCACCCCCACCCCCGCCCCCUCCACCUCCUUUUGGGGAUGGUGAAGGGGAAAGUGGGCUGGGCCUUAGUAACUGCCCCUCUCCCUGUAAGCGUCUGGAUGAGGAGCUGAAGAGGAAUCUGGAGACCCUCCCCUCGUUCUCGUCAGACGAGGAAGACUCCGUCAGUAAAAACCAGGACCUCCAGAAGAGCAUAUCGUCUGCCAUCUCUGCACUUUAUGACACGCCCCACAGCCUGGCUGCAGUCCCGCCCCCACCCACUCCGUCCCCGCCCACCCCACAGGCUCCUCCCCUCAGCCCUUCUCCUCCACCCCCACAGCCUCAGCAUGUCUCACACACACUUGCUGAAACAGAGACAGAGACACACACAUCGCCAGAUGAACAUCCUUCGUGCACGGAGCCCGACCCCCAGGGCGACGCGCUCACGCCGGACACGCAGAUACCUGAGAUGCCAGAAGAACAGGAGGCCAUGGAAGAGGAGAGAGAAAAACAGGAGGAAGAGCAAGAGGAGGAGGAACAAGAGGAAGAAGAGGAGGGGGAGGAGGCAGAGGAAGAAGAAGAGGAAGAAGAAGAAGAAGAAGAAGAAGAACUCCGGGAAGAAGAACAGGAAGAAGAAGAAGAGGAGGAGGAGCCUGAGUAUGAGAUUCUGAGUGCUCCCAAAGUUGACGACUCUCCCUCUGAGCCUCCACCAGCUCCUGCACCUCCUUCUCCUCCAUCCCUCUCCCCUUCUCCGCCAACCUCCUCUUCUCCAUCUCCCCUCCCACCUCCUCCUCUUUCUCUCCCUUCCCCAUUUCCACAGCAGGAGGAGGAUGAGCAGGAGGAAGAGGAGGACGAUGAGGAAGAACAAGCAGAACAGCAGCCUCAGCAGCAGCAGCAGCAGCAGCAACAGCCUCCCCUACAUCAACAGUCUCCUCCUCCUAGCCAUUCUCCCCCUCCCCUCCCGUCUCCCUCCCCCUCCCCCUCUCCUUCUCUCUCUCCUCCGACACUCCCUCCAUCUGCCACUCCUCCACCUUCCUCGUCUCCUCCCCAGCCAGCUGAGCUACCCCAACCGUCUCCGCCUUCCCCUCCCACCCCGGAGGACGCGCCAACGCCCCAAAUCACCUCCCUGCACCUGGCCAAGAAACAGGCCAACGCAGCUAUUGCUGGAGAGAGUGAAGAGGAGGACAGUGAGAGUGGAGGAGAGGGCAUUUUUAGAGAGAGGGAUGAGUUUGUGGUACGCACUGAAGACAUUGGAACACUCAAGUUGGCUUUACAGACAGGGAGAGAGCCACCCCCUAUCUGGAGGGUCCAGAAAGCACUUUUACAGAAAUUUGCCCCUGAAAUCAAAGAUGGACAGAGACAGUUUUGUGCCACCAGCAAUUAUCUUGGUUACUUUGGUGACGCAAAGAUGCGCUAUCAGCGUUUGUAUGUGAAGUUCUUGGAGAAUGUAAACAAGAAGGAUUAUGUCAGAGUGUGUUCAAGGAAACCUUGGCACAGACCCGGUCUCACACUCAGGCGUCAGUCACUUCCUAAACCGUUACCCCCAGUUCGCAGCCAGACCCCACCCAGAGUUGAACGAGAGGAGAGAGAAAGGCAGCGAGAGAAAGAACAGAGAGAACAGAGGGAAAAAGAGAAAGAAAGGGAGAGAGAAAGACAGAAGGAGAGGGAAAGGGAAAGAGAAAAAGAGAGGGAGAGAGAAAGGGAGCAAAAGGAGAGAGAGAGGGAACAGAAGGAGAGAGAGAGAGAACAGAAGGAGAGAGAGAAAAGGGAAAAGGAGAAAGAGAAGGAACGCGAGAGGGAGAAGGAGAAACAGAGGGAGAGGGAAAAGGAGCGAGAGAAGGAAAAAGAAAAGGAGAGAGAAAAAGAGAAGAAGCUCCAGGAGAAGAACUCUCAGGAGAGAGUGGAGAGGAGAGGAGGAGCUACAGAACGAGGGAGGACGAAGGAGGAGAAGAGAGGAGGAGAGAAAAAACUGGAGAGACCGAGGACCAGGCCCGUGAAAGUAAAAGCAGAGCCUCCUCCCAAAAAGAGGAAGAAAUGGCUGAAGGAGGUUCCCUCGUCCUCUGAGUCAGACUCCUCCCCCGAACCGCCCAGUGAUGAUGAAGCAUCACUGCGCGGCAGGAUGAACAACCGUGCAAUGAGAGAAAUGUUUCGCAGUUACGUGGAGAUGCUGGUCAGCACUGCUCUGGAUCCAGACAUGAUACAAGCCCUGGAAGACACCAACGAUGAGCUGUAUCUCCCGCCCAUGAGAAAGAUUGACAGCAUUCUCAACGAACAGAAGAGACGGCUACUGAGGAGAGUCAACAUGAGCUCUCAGCACCAGGAAGCUCUGCAUAUGUUCCCUCAAAUGACUGCAGACCCCCUGGAUUCUGGUGCAGUCAAAGUGCACCUUGGCGGUGAGGGUUAUAACCGCAAAACCCUAAACCGGGUUAAGAGGAGCCUUCCCAAACAGCAGGAUCUGAAGCUUUCUACAGAGACCUGUCGGAUAUAUAGCCUGUAUCAUUCGCUUCAUCAUUACAAAUAUCACACAUUUCUUCAUUGUAAGAAGGAGACGGACAGUAUAGAGCAGGCUGCAGAGGACCCUGGGCAGGAAGAGGUGGUUCAGCAGUGUAUGGCCAAUCAGGGCUGGCUAGAGACGCUUUUCAACUCCUUCAUCGAACUUCUGACUCUCAGUGCCAAGGCCUGA